CCAGCCGGUGUUGUAUUCACUGGAGAGACAGUCAAUAUGAAGUGUGGGAUUAAACCUAAUUACAUUGGCUGGACAUAUGAGUGGUAUAAAGACAGUGUAAAGUUACAGUCGUCUGAUCGUCACACUGUAAAUGGAAACACUCUCACUAUCAGAAGAGUUAAGCCUGAUGAGGGUUCAUACGAGUGUAAAGGACACAUAAAUGGAAGAUCAGUCUCAACAGAACCAGCAUCAGUUUCUCUCACUGUGAAAGAUUUACAGCCAAAGCCUGAACUCAGAUCAGAUUCUGCAGGAGCUGCACUGACUGGAAACACAGUGACUUUGACCUGUAACACUACUCUGACCACCGGAUGGGACUUUUACUGGUACAAAAACACACUCGACUCUGAGAUAAAGACGACAGAAACAAACUCCUACAGUAUGAAGAUUGAUUCAGUGUCUGAUGGAGGCCAGUACUGGUGUAGAGCUGGAAGAGGAGAACCAGUCUAUUACACACAAAACAGUGAUGAACUGACACUCAGUGUUACAGUGAGUCCUAAAGCUGUGGUGACGGUGCGGCCUGAUAAACAUGUGUUCAGAGGAGAAACAGUCACUCUCAGAUCAUAA